GAAAACUAGUACUUGUUGAGUUAGUUAUUACCUUCAACUUUUUCAAGACCAAAACAGGGAAAACUAAAAAUGGACCAAUCCCAGAAUCUUAGCCACCAAGCUGGCCAAGCCACAGGGCAAGCUCAGGAGAAGGCAAGCAAUAUGAUGGGCAAUGCUCGCAAUGCUGCUCAAUCUGCCCAACAAUCCUGCCAAGAGGCGGGCCAGCAAAUGAAAGCAAAGGCACAAGGUGCUGCAGAUGCUGUCAAGAGCGCUAUUGGGGCUAACAAAUGAAACUAGGGGAGAGCUCUCUCAGUGGAUAUUUGCAGCUUUCUAUUUUUUAUUUUUGGACUUUAUGCAUUGAUUUGCUAUGUAUUCAACUGGUUGUAUUAAUACCAGCUACUUGAAUUAAGAGGAGUUUUAUCUCAGUAUCUGUCAAAAUAUAUUUAUUUAUUGUUGUUGUUUAAAUCAUAAGUAGAAUUUUCAUGAUAAGAUAUAUGA